GCGCAAGUCAACUCGCUCACCAUAACAAACAUGACGACCACCCCAGUAGGCGCUCUCCACCUCGGUCAUGACCUCUUCAUGAUAUAAUAUUUAACACCCACCACUCUUUGGACGUCUUAUGUUUGGAGAUUAAGGACAGGAUGAACAUCAUGCGCAAGUGGUGGGGGUCUGGGACGCGUGUGGGUGGGGUCAUGGAAGGUAUGGAUGCUGUCAACUCCCAGGCAGCUCAACAGCAUCUUGCCCUGGGACUAAUGCACCUCAAGAAACUGUUUAGCGAGUUCUCCUACCCAACUCACCCACUCUCAGAACCUGAAAAAGAAGAUAAGCUUUACAACAUGCUUCCAUUGUUCUGCAAGGUGUUUGGUUCUAGUCCAACUUCUGAUCUACAGGAAAAAUUUGGGGAUGUUUUACUUUUUACCCAACAUGUUAGCAAGUUGAUGGUUACUGAAAUUAGACGCCGAGCUUCAAAUCAGUCAACGGAAGCUGCCUCUUGUGCCAUAGUGAGGUUCUUGGAGAUUGAUAGCUGUGAAGAAAGUAGUAAUGGUUGGAUGCUGCUGUCUACACUGAACCUUCUGGCUGCUGGACCUGCCCAGCUCAUUGAGGUCAUGACUGCUGCCUCACUACCAUCAACACUAGUCAAGUGUUUAUACCUCUUUUUUGAUCUGCCCGAGUAUGAGAGUCCUUCAACUGAUGUAACGACUCUACAGUCAGAUAAUGACUCUACUGAAUUCUCUCCCAGUGAAAGAAGAAUUCUUCUUCAGAAGGUGUUUGUUCAGUUGUUGGUGAGGCUUUGCUCCCACACUGCCCCAGCAGAAGAGUUGGCACGGAAGGACGAUCUAACAUUAUUGUUCUCUGCAAUUACUUCGUGGUGUCCCCAACACAAUGCUCUCUGGAGGAAGAGUUCUGCUGAAGUGUUAAUGACGCUUUCCAGACACGGACUUUCUCAGCCAGUUGUCAGCUAUAUUCACAAUAAGGGAUGUGUUGGUCUUUGUGUAGAAAACAUGGAACGGGGGCAAGAACUUUCUCCUCUCGAGAUAGUGGAGAUGUUUGUGACGGUGUUUUGCUUCCUGAAGGACUCAUCAGAAGUAUCCCAGACUCUUCUUGAUGACUUCAGAUCUUCGCAGGGUUAUGCUUUUCUUGCAGAAUUCCUUUUAAGAUUAGAGGCUGAUACUUCAGAUGAGAGCCGUGAAGCCCUAAGGAAUCUUGUUUUACUGGUCUCGUCGCUUUCUUAUUGCGGUUACAUAGAGCUAAAGCCAUCUUCUGCAUCAGUUGGCUCCCUCUUCCAUAUACCAGGCUUCACGUUGCCUGUUCCAUCUGGUAGAGGUGCUAGUGUAAGAAAUGUGCAGGCCUUCAAUGUCCUUCAGUCGGUGUUUCUGAGAGGCACAACUUCCAACCUUUGCUCUGUUGUUCUGGAUGCCAUAUCAGCUGUUUACCACUCAGAUUCUGCCAACUACUUCAUCCUUGAACCUCAACAUACACUCUCCAGCUUUGCUGAAAAGAUCCAUGCCAAGCCUAAGGAGAUACAAGAAAAGUACUUCCAGCUGCUAGAAUUUGUGGUGUUCCAGCUGAAGUUUGUCCCUUGCAAAGAACUCAUCUCCCUUUCAAUCCUGCUGAAAGCACAGCAUGCUCUCUCCUGUUCCAUCAUAUGCAUCAACACACUACUCACUAUUCUCAAGCACAAUGCAGUGUUCAAGGAUGUAUAUCGGGAAGUGGGUAUGCUUGAAGUGUUUGUGACUUGUCUCACAAGGUAUCAUGAUCUGCUCAAAACUCUCAAUAAUGAUGAAUCACAGAGUAAAGAAGGAGGUUGCAACAUGGAUGAGAAAUUGGGUUUCCUGGUGAUGGAGGCUCUGACACACCUCCUCUCAGGAAACAGCCAAAAUGCUGCAGUUUUCAGGGAGUCUGGAGGAGCCAAAUGUGCUGUUGCCCUUGUUCCCCAUCUGCAUUGCCGACUCCAAGCAUUAGGAGUAAUGCAGCAGCUGAUCUUGGCCAGUGGUUGUGAUGACGACAUGGGGUCCUUGCUGGGCCUCUUACAUUCUGCUCCUUCAGCAGAGUUGCAACUCAAAAUUGACAUCCUGAAGUCUCUCCUUGUUUGCUUAAAAGAAUCUCACCGAACAAGAACUGUAUUCCGCAAAGUUGGAGGCUUUGUUUAUGUGAUGAGUGCCCUUGUGAGUUUGGAAGGUAGUUUGGGGGAUGUGGUACCACCAGCCUGGAGCUCUGUUCCUUCAAGACAAAUUCUUACCCUCUUGCUCAAUGUUUUCAACACACUUACUACUGCCAUGAGAUAUGAACCAGCUAAUGCCAAAUUCUUUCAUCAAGAGAUUUGCUAUACCAGCUUCUGUGAUACUUUACGCCUCCUUGGGUGUUUUAUGACGGACACUCAUAUUCAAGAGAGCAACGAGGAAACCUUAGAUUUGGUACUUAGCUCUAGCGUCACCGAGGAAUCUGACUUGAGCACGGCAUCAUCUUCAACAAUUGGAGUGGACUUGAACACUUACCACACCAUAUUUACUACACCUAUUUUGGAAUACAUACCACCACCUGAAAUUCCUGUGUCACUUGUGCGCAUUGUGCAGAUCCUGCAGUUGAUGUACCACAUGGCUCUUGACGCAUUUGAUAAAGCUACCGGUCCCACCUUCAGCCCUCCUGAUAUUGGCAUGUCUGGAAAAGAUAAUAAGGUGAUGGACAUCUCGCCAAGCAACAAACGACCAGUUGGUGGCCUCAACUUGGGCCCUGCUCCAGCAGAACCAGUUACUGUCCACGCAGGAGUCAUAACAACGUUGCUUCAUCUCUUGCCAUCCAUACAGCACCCGUCUCAUCCAAAGCUGGCAUGCCUCCUCCAGCUCUACACAGCACAUCUUAUCAAGUCAUUGGUGAGAACUGAGCACAACCAGCAACUAAUGUGUGAGGUUGGUUUGGCUGGAGACCUUCUAUCCAGAUGUUCAAAGGCCUUGGUGAAUGAGAAACACCCACUGCAUCCACCGUUGCAAUACAUUUUUGAGCGACUAGCGGCUCAAGCUAUUCAUCCACGAGACCUCAGAAUCUUCUUGAGAUUGGGCAACCCUCUAAAUUGCUUAAAUUUGGACGACGUCGAUAUAUCUUCUGGCCAGUCUACCUACAAUGGUCCCGUUCCUCUCACGCGCAUCAAAACACUCGUUUCAAUGACAACACCUCGAGAUUUCAGAGUUGGUACCCUUGUAUAUCCCUCUUUUGUUGAGUUUGAUAUGAGUGCCGAGGGUUUUGGAUGCCUAUUUUUGCCAUCAAUGGCACCGCAGAGUGCUGGUGGAGGCUCGGUGGUGGGAGCAGCACUCUCCUCAACUGAACCAAAUGUUAUUGGUGGCAUUGGAACAGGUGACAGAAUCUUCCCACCUCAGACUGGUUUAACAUAUAGUACCUGGGUGUGUGUUGAAAAGUACAGUGAUCCCAGAACAGAUCCCCACUGUGUACGUGUGCUAACUCUUGUUCGUCAUGUUCCUGGCCGUGAUCAUCACCUUGUCUGUCUCUCUAUUGUCAUUUCUGCUAGAGAUAAAGCACUAAUUGUCUCUACGCAUGAAACAAAUUUUCCACAACCUGGGCAAGGUGUAACAGAAUGGGAGCCUGAAGUUGUAGGAGACUUUGGGUGUCGUGUUUGGUGUCCCGAUUUAUUAACCGAGGGUCAGUGGCACCACCUGACUGUCUCACUGAGCCGUUCUGUGCUCAAAAAUUCAUCCCUCUCAAUCUACAUUGAUGGUCAGCUCGUUACUCAAAAGAAACUUCACUAUAUCUUGCAAAAUCCUGGCGGAGGAGCUGCAAACCUUACUAUUGCUUCAUCUGUCUAUGCUUACAUUGGAACGCCUCCAGCAUACAGAAGACACUCCAAACUUGUGUGGAAGCAAGGCUGUUGCCACUUGGUAGAGGAUGUCCUGCAGCCACAGAUGGUGAAUCAGCUUCACCAACUUGGACCACACUACACGGGUUGCCUUCAAGCAGCACAGAUUCCUGGCGUUGAUAGUCAGAGUGUACAGUCUGUUGCCGUUGUUCCAGAAGAAAAAGUUAUAUUUGGCUUGAAUGCUACAGCAAUAUCUCAUCUCACAUUGAACAAAAUCAGAAAAAUGUAUUCUAAAGUUGACAACAAAGCAAUAGCAAAGCAGCUUGGUAUGUCUUCUCAUGAGAAUGCAACCCCUAUACGUGUUCUACACAACUCUGCCGGUCAUCUGAGUGGUCCUUCCCGUUCACUAGGGGGGGUGGUGAUUGGCUAUCUUGGAGUGCGGGUGUUUUGUCCCAGGCCGGUUGCUGCCAUGCUUGAUAAUGUUGGUGGAUGUUCUGUCCUACUUGGGUUGGUUGCAAUGUCAAAAGAUGUGGAGUCACUCUAUGCAUCUGUGAAAGCUCUUUCCUGUGUCAUCAAAACAAGCAAAACAGCUCAACUGGAGAUGAACCAAUGUCUAGGGUACCAGACAUUGGCUUUGCUGUUGCGCAAGAAAAAGACACUCUUGAAUUCGCACAUUCUUCAUUUGUGUAUGACACUGGCAGGAUCUGGUGAAGCUCGUGAGUCCUCGGCAAUACCAAAUUCACCUGCUUUCAACGAUUUGCUGUGUGAUCUGGAGGUGUGGUCGGAUGCGCCCGGAGAGUUGUGCCGCACUCUGCUUGAACACCUAGUAGAGCUGGCACGCGAGUCUGGAGAGAGACAUCACAAUGUCCGUAAAAUGAGGUCUUUACGAUUGGUGCAAAAGCUAUUGCACCUGUUAUGGGAGCAGUCACAAGGCAAAGAAAUUGCUUCCUCUUCACCCUCCAACAGUUCAACGUCGAGCAACUCGUACACGUGCAAUAACAACAACACUGCCACAGCUGCUGCUCUUGCUGCCACCAACAACGUGUCAUCUCUAAGUUCUCAAACCACGAAUGUCAUUUUUACACUUCUCACAACAUUAUUGGCCAAUAAUCCUCGCCCACAAGAUUUGUUAUGCUUUGGACAGUUCAUUGUGUCAACACUUCCAAUUCUCACUAUUUGUGAAAAACAAAUAGAUCUGAGAAUGUAUGGAGAGGAGAGAAGUGUGGAUAAUGGAGAGUGUUUCAGUGUGACAGUGAGGAACAUUCUUCUCAGAAACAAGUGCCUGGAGAUUGUUCAUACCCUUCUCUACAACUCAAACAAGAACACUAUACAUCUUGGGUUUUGUGAGGAGGUUGUUAAAGUUUUGGGUCUGGACUGGGUGCUGCUGUUCACUCAGGGUCAUCUUCAUCCCUCUACCGUUCUCAUUGCCCUGCGCAUGCUUGUGGCAUUGCUCUCUAAUUCCGGGAUUUUGCAGAAGUUUAGAGAUGCUUCUCAGAAUGGAGGCUGGAUGACUGAUGCCCAGCAGGUUACCAACACAAAGUUUGGACAAGUACUCGGAUAUUCUGUGGGAACAGUUGUGCGUUCAUUGAGCGAGAUUCGUGAGGAAGCUUGGCAUGUGCCGGGAUUUCAAGUUCUUACUUGGCUGGUCCCGCGCCAUAUUCAUAUCCCACAAGUAUAUUAUCUGCUCUUGGCCUUGCUUCUUGGACAACCAGUCAAAAAUGUUCAAAACAACACUAAGGAUGGUGCUACUCCCAGGACGCCAGGUAGCAAAGGAGCCGAUAAGUUGGACCUUGAUAGCAUUUGGACCUUUGUAUUCGGUGUACCAGCCAGCCAGUGUGCAACGACGAUUUCUGGCCGCGUAUCUUUGUGUCCAGAGGCAGCCAUUGCCAUUCUUGCUAUGGUGCGGGCAAUGCUCAACCAAGAGGAGAAAGGAGAAUAUAUCACCACAUCCUCGUCAAAAAGCACAAAGGAAUUGCCUGAAUGGCUGCAGAGCUACCCAGUCACUCUCAUCCAGUUCUUACGGUUCCUGUACCAGCAAAAUGGGGACUUCUUGCCAGUAUUUCUCUCCGGGGAUGUGUUGGCAGCUCUUGCUUCAACUCUCUUUCCCUACACUGGUACAUCGGAGCCUCAGUCUCUCGCCUCGCCCGAGGAUGAAAGGUUUAUGACUGGGGCAGAUGUCGUAAUUGUCAAAUGUGAGGCUGACGGGACCCUGACGAACCACCCUGCGAAGAAACAGGUUAUGGACUUCUUAAGAAAUCUUGUGGUGGAUUCCCUAUCUCUUCCUCCAGCCAGCAAGGGGCCUCACACCAUUGACCUGUUAUUGGAGGCUACUCCAGAAAACAGUAGUGUAUCUCAAGUGUGUGAAUUCCAAACCCAGCUUCUUGGUACUCUAAUGGAGCACCUGUUAGAUGCCGAUAUUCUUAUUGGGGAAGGAGCUGCUCUUCCAGUGGUGGCUGGGGGAUCUGUCCAGCACAUAGCUCCCAAUGUCUUCUAUUUGGCAGCCAGAAUUGUUGACAAACUGUGGGCAGGUGUAUUUAACAAAGACCCUCACGAGGUGUUUGACUUUAUCAUCAAGCUCAUCUCACAAGCCAAGCGUCGUGCUUCAGGGAUUAAUCUGGAGUCCAUUUACCAUUGCCUUAAUCGCACCAUCUUGUACCUCUUGUCUCGGCCUUCUGACUCUAUUGCUGCACAGAUGUCAAUACUAGAAGGCUUACACAAACUUACCACCCACAGGAUUGUUGUCUUUGGUGCUGGAAAUCAUGAGCCAGAAUUUGUUGCCUGUCUCACCUACUGUUUGCUGCAGCUCACAGCUGAUAUUAAGAUCAACACCGAUACAACAAAUCGAUCCAUGUGGCACGUGAACCCCGUAUUAGUAGAGUGUGUCGAGGCCGUUGACGCAAACAGUAAAAGUGGGAAUAUGAUUGUUGGAAAUACCGGAGAUAGUCAUAUUCGAGACUUUGUGGAGGCAACUGCUACCCAGAGCCAUAACCUGAUGACAACAGCAGCAACCAGAGUCUGGGAAGAGCUGUAUAUCACAAAAAAACCAGCAAUUGAGGAGGUGUUCAAGGUGUCACUUAGUGCAGGAAGUGGCAAAGCCCCAGAGCUCUCCAGUAUAAGAGAUGUGGUUAAUGAAGCUUCCCAUCGACUCUGGCUGGCAUUCCUGGAGGGGGAAAAGAAGCAAUCUUAUCGACUUCCAUGGGAGAUGCCAACACAGAUCCAGAGUGUUACAAAUAAACUUCAGAAAGUGACAGGAGGGCUAACACGGCUUGCUUCACGCACUAAAGGUCGCCGAGAGGACAGCAUUGUUGUGCGUAAAGUUAAUAUGCCAAUGUCGGAUGUCCAGAUGGCAAUUUUCACUCAUAUAUCCAUCAUUGGAGAUCUUGUUGACCUACAAUAUAGACAAUAUCUGCAAAAACAGAAACACAUGACAAGCUAUGUUUGGGAGUCUUGGCAACGUUGUGAGAGGGAGUUAACAAGAGAACGAGGUCUUUGGGGCCCUUUAAAAGGCUCACAUCUUGACAAGUGGAUUUUGGAUGCCACUGAAGGCCCAUGUCGAAUGAGAAAGAAAAUGGUACAAAAUAGACAUUUCUACAAACAUUAUCCAUAUAAACCACAUGCUGAGCAUUCAGAAAAUAGACAAUUGAAAUACAAAGUAGCUACCAGUUUUGAUAGCAAGGAGCACGCUGAGAGACGAAGACCAGAGGGUUUGUUAGACUCGGAGGUACGUGAGAAGGAGCCUGUCAUUGAAGAAGAAACAACAGCCCUGGAAGCAGAUAACUUUGCUGGUAGAGAAGUUGGUGAUAUUGUAGAUAUGGAAGGAUUGCAGGGAGCUUUACUGAAGAAUGGUGGCCUUAACAACCGCACAGCCUCGGAGACAGAGGAUGACAACGAGGGGCUGGACAUUGGUGACUUGGUUGGCCAAGACACCAAUGCACCCACAGAUGACACACAGAAUCCUGAUAAUCAGACAUUGCUUAGGUUAUUAGACUAUGGAGAAAAGAUUAGCCAUAUGUUCCGGUGUGCAAGAAUACAGGGCUUAGAUACUGUAGAGGGCCUGUUACUGUUUGGGCGGGAACACUUCUACAUUGUUGAUGGUUUCACUUUGCUCAAAUCUCGUGAGAUCCGGGAUAUUGCGUCACUACCUGAGGGGUCUCACGAGCCCAUCGUACCUUCUACUAGUCCUGGUACUAGUCAUGAACAUCAUGCGUGCUCCAAGUUUCACUAUGAUGAAAUUCGAGAAGUGCAUCAGAGAAGAUAUUUGCUACAGCCCAUUGCUUUAGAGAUCUUCUCUUCUGAUGGGAGAAAUUAUCUACUUGCAUUACCCAGAAAACUACGCAAUAAAACAUAUCAAAGGCUGUUGAUGGUGUGCACGGGGUUAGCAGAUAAUGCCCAGCAGUCUGUAGAAGGUCAGAGACGGUCAGCAAGUGUGGAACAGGCUGGCGGACUCUUUUCUUCCAUAAUUGGCGAAACAUCUGUUACUCAUAGAUGGGUGCGUGGCGAGAUAAGCAACUUCCAAUAUUUGAUGCACUUAAACACCUUAGCAGGACGUUCCUACAAUGACCUGAUGCAGUAUCCAAUCUUCCCUUGGGUAUUAGCUGAUUAUACCUCUGAAGAAUUGGACAUGACGAAUUCUGCUACUUUUAGAGACCUCUCUAAACCAAUGGGUGCUCAGACUCCAGAUAGACUAGAGCAGUUUUCAAAACGUUACCGAGAGUGGGAUGACCCUUCGGGAGAAACCCCACCAUACCACUAUGGUACCCAUUACUCUUCGGCGAUGAUUGUUUCAUCAUAUCUUGUUCGCAUGGAGCCCUUCACACAACAUUUCCUCAGAUUACAAGGUGGACAUUUUGACUUGGCUGAUAGAAUGUUCCACAGUAUGAAGGAAGCGUGGCACUCUGCUUCACGCAACAAUAUGGCAGACGUUAAAGAACUUAUACCAGAGUUCUUCUAUUUACCAGAAUUCCUUCUUAACUCCAAUAGGUUUGAUCUAGGAUGCAAACAAAGUGGGAAACAGUUAGACGAUGUUGUCUUACCUCCCUGGGCUAAGGGUGAUUCUCGUGAGUUUAUCCGCCUUCACCGUGCAGCCCUCGAGUGUGACUAUGUUUCUGCCCAUCUUCACGAGUGGAUUGAUUUGAUAUUUGGAUAUAAGCAGCUUGGACAACCAGCAGUAGAGGCUGUUAAUGUCUUCCAUCAUCUUUUUUAUGAGGGAAAUGUGGAUAUUUACAAUAUUGAGGACCCUCUGAAGAAGAAUGCAACUAUUGGAUUUAUCAACAACUUUGGUCAGAUACCUAAACAGUUGUUUCGAAAACCUCAUCCAUGCAAGAAACUAUCUGGCCAACGUACAUCCAUCAUUGAUUCAGGACCUCUUUCUCAAGCCCCUACAGUAACACCUCUAGAAAAAGUCUUUUUCCAUAAUCUCGAUAACUUGAGACCUUCCAUGCACGCUGUUAAGGAAGUGAAAGGUGCAGUAGGCCAGAUAAUUGCUCAGGAUAAGGUGAUCCUGGCAGUGGAACAGAACAAGACUUUGGUUCCUCAUACAUACCAACGGUAUCUGGCUUGGGGUUUCGCUGACCAGAGUCUCCGUAUUGGUGGGUAUGAGAGUGAGCGGGCUGUAUUAGUGAGUGAAACUCCUCAGAAUGGGGAAAUCCUUGCUGCUGUCUGUCCCAAUAAUAAAACUAUUAUCACUGCAGGAACAUCAACGGUUGUUAAUGUGUAUGAAAUCAUCAAACGUCAACUUGUGCAGAAAAAGUCACUAUACGGCCAUAGUGAUGCUAUUACAUGUUUAGCGGCCAGCAGCGCAUAUGGACUUUUAGUGUCUGGUUCUAGGGAUCGCUCAGCAAUAAUAUGGGACUUAGCAAGGCUUGCAUAUGUCCGUCAACUUGUCCCUCAUCAAGCACCUGUGGCUGCAUUAGCAAUCAAUGAACAAACUGGUGACAUAGCCACAUGUGCUGGAACGUGGCUGCAUGUGUGGAGUAUCAACGGAACUCCGGUGGCCUCCGUCAACACGGCAUUAGGUGCCCACUCCCCACUGCAACAAAUCCUAUGUGUGGCCUUUUCUACUAUGUACGAGUGGGAUGCCAGCAAUGUUAUUAUGACAGGUUCCUCAGAUGGGGUUGUUAGAAUGUGGAGUGUAGAGUACGUACAAGUACCAGCAGAUGAAUCGGCAGUCAACAACAACAAGCCCUCUUCAGACAGUGACGCAAACGGUGACGGGAAGAACGAUAAUGCUCGAGGAAUCAAUUAUAGAAUUGGCAGCAGCAAGGGUUCCAAAUCCCCUAAAUCUCCUAAUGGAAGAUCGCCAACCCAUCCUCUGCAGCCUGGCUGCUCUGCACGUGCUCAUGAUGUAGUUCGUCGCUUGUCUAUUGUAGAAGACUUCCCUCCAGCACUAUUGACAAAAAGUGUUAGUGAGAGCAGUUUGUCUGAAGAAGGAGAGAGUGAUAUAGAAGAAAAUGAGAAAGGGGAAGCUGCAGAAGAAGUGAGCAUUGUGGACUUGGAAUCCUACACUGUUGUAUCAUCUGAUCCAAGUAAACUAACAUCCAGUCAAGAAGAAAUUAUGCCAGAAGUUGGGGUUGAGCAAGAUCUAAGCCCAGAUAAAGGUAGCAAAGAGAAGCGUCCUCUGCAUCGGCAGGUGGCAGUGUCCAUCUCCACCACCAGCACACCUAGUAUAGAGGCCUCCCAUUCACAGUCCCUCGAAGCUCACGACGAUAUUGUCCUCAGGAGGAGCUCAAACUACCCUCAGGGUGUUGCCCGAGCCAUCAGCACCAUAGAGAGAGGAGGUUCACGUGACGCUCAGCGGGCGCACGAUCACAGACUACAGACCAGCAAGAGUGAGACCAGUUUGGUAGACAGUGAUACCUUUGUGCUUAUCUCAGACUCUGAGGUGAGGGAAGCCCAAAGCCAACAAGGUGUCAUUGUGGAGCCUAAGAAAAAGUUACCUAGGAAUCCUCUCAUGCCCGGAAUGAAAUGGGCAUGUCAAUUAGUGUUCCGCAGUAAGUUGACAAUGCACACGGCUUAUGAUCGAAGAGACAACACAGAGCCAGCAUCUGUAACUGCUCUAGCUGUUUCUAAAGAUCACCGAACAGUAUUAGUCGGAGAUGCCAGAGGGAGAGUAUUUUCAUGGAGUGUACCUGACCAGCCGGGGCGUGCAGUUGCUGACCACUGGGUUCGUGAUGAUGGCAGUGAUGGUUGUGCCAAUUGUCAAGUUAAAUUUAGCAUCUAUGAGAGACGUCACCACUGUCGCAACUGUGGUCACCUCUUCUGUUCGAGAUGCAGUAAAUUUGAAUCGGAAAUCUUCCGCCUUCGCAUUCUGAAGCCCGUGAGAGUUUGCCAGAAAUGCUACACGACAUUGAGACAUGACAAAUAAGUUUUACAAGACUUCUUUUGAGUUAGAUUUUAGGUUAGACACUAUUUGCAGUUUAGCAAAUUUUCAAUGCAAAUAUUUCAUUUUAUUGGGGGAGAUUGAAUAGAUAUCCUUCGAGUUCAAUAGAUGCUAAUAUUUUCAGAAAGGCAACAAUAUCUUCUGACAACAUGAUCAUUUGUUGACUGAGGUAAAUAUGAUGAUGAUGUGUGUCGGUAAAUAUUAGUUAAAUACUGUUUUCAGUAAUGGCCAGCCUACAGAAGUCGUCUUUACUGUUGCAUUUCAGUCAUGUGUUCAUUUUUGUAAAAGAAGAAUUUGAGAAAAUGAAUGAGGUGUGUUAAUUAUCAAUAUAACUCAGGGGCUUCAUCUUGCAGUGCGAACACAAGUCUGGGAUUGAUGUGAAUGGAAUGUGUGUCAGUGUUAGGGUGUCAUAGCUGUGUUUGGCAGAAGGUGCAGGCAGCUUUAAGCAGUUGUUACAUUCUAGGAAUGAUCUUUUCCAAGCAGUUUUCGUAGAAGAUAAAUUUGUGAAUUGCUACAUUUACAUACAUACAUUCAUACAUACAUAGGAUACAUGCAUGACAGCAUCCAUGUAUAAAUAUAUUUGUUCUGUAAACAUAUAUAAUAAUUCUGCAGUUUUCAGUGGAAGAAUAUAUACACAUUGAUAUUUAUAUGACAAGAAGGAAGGAAAAUGUUGAAUGACAGGUGUCAACCAUUGGUGUGAGUCCCAUCUGGAGGGAGCAUAAGACUUCAUAUACUGUAUAUCAUUAAUAUGAAGUGUGUCAAACUGGUGGUCAUCAUGAGAGGAUUUUAAUGUUUUAAUGUUAACUGCUGAGAGGGAGCCGAGCCUUGGCUUGGGCAUGGGAAUACUAAUUUAUUGUACACACUUUAUAACCAAUUCAUAUUACAUAACAGGUAGAGGGGAGCUGAGCUUAUUAUUUUUAUAUUCACUUAUAUAUUAGUAAUUUUAUCAACCAUAUUUUAAUUAGGACUGGGAAAUAGUAAUCACAAGAUAUUUAUACACACAUCAAUAAUAUAUAAAUAUAUAAAGAAUAUAUAUUAUAUA